GUCCGAUCUCGCUGCGAUGUUGGGAAAGCUCAGUAUCAACAAAGGCAAGGCACCGGAGGCGCACACUUUUUCUUUCGCAACUCCAAUCACACCAGCUGAUCUCUCAUAUCUUCCGUCCACCAACACUGGCUUUGGUGUCCCAGUUGGCUUCGGUGUCGCAACCAGCACGAUGUAUUCUCCUAGCAGCAUGGGUACCAUUGGAGCUGUGGGAACCAUGGGUAUGGGCAGCAUGUUGACUGGCAUGACCCCACAAUCGACAUUUCCGAUGGCAGGCUCAAUGGCAGGUUUCAGUCCUUUUGCGCAGGCCCCUUACAUCGGUCAAGGUCCUUCCCCCAUCCGCUUCAGCCAACCCGAAUUCGGUCGUCCCAUGGGCCACCAAUCAUUCGCUACUGAUCAUGCGCACUAUGGAUCACCAUCACCAGGUCCCUCCCGUCAACUUGGUUACUCCCCGCGUCCAAUUGGUCCCGUCCGUCGUCAGAAUGCAGUCAAGGUUCCCUACCAUAUUGCUGCCAACUACCGUAGUCGUAACCAAAACUCUGGUGGCAAUCACAACUUCGUCGACAUUGAAAACAUCCAAUAUGGUAUCGAUGUUCGUACCACGGUCAUGUUGAGAAAUAUCCCAAACAAGGUUACCCAAGCUGAACUCAAGAAGUACGUUGAUCAGUCUAGCUUUGGACACUACGACUUUAUGUACCUUCGAAUUGAUUUCAGCAAUGAUUGCAACGUCGGCUACGCCUUCAUCAACUUCGUUGACCCGCUUGAUAUCGUUCCUUUUGUCCGAUUGCGAUCCGGUCAGAAGUGGGAGAGCUUCCGUAGCGACAAGCGUGCCGAGGUUUCCUAUGCUACCAUUCAAGGUAGAGAUUGCCUCAUUCAAAAGUUCAGAAACUCGUCUGUCAUGCUCGAGCCUGACACUGCUCGCCCAAAGCUCUUCUACACGUUCCCAGACCCGAUGGUCGGCCAGGAGGAGCGAUUCCCACCGUCUGACAAUCAUUCGAAGCUCACUCGCUCGUGCCAAAACGCCGAGAAUGUUGGUUUGUUCGCUCCAAGUGCCGGUCAGCACCUUCGCGACGAACAGCGACGCCGCCGUUCCCAAUUCGACCGCGGCACUUCCUUGGCUGAGCAGGAGGAGUAUGACCUCGAGUAUCAUUCCUGGGGUGCUCACCGUUCAUACCGUUAAACGGCAGUUUCAUCAAUCCUUCCGGGCGCCUUUCUCUCACAUUUCAGGCGACAAUUACUUUGGCAACUUUUUCUUGUCGGUCACAUCUACAACCUGGCUACAUCUGCAGGUGGAGCAAUUGGCGGUGUGGCUUUUGUGAGCUCUGGCGGGACAUCCAAAGCCUUUUUUUUUGACGGAAAUUUGGUCGGCUCUGGAUGGAUGGAUAUACUCUAUUUCAUUUGCUUUUGCUGAUACCCCUCUGCACAAAAUUUGCUCUCAUUGGGCGAUAGCAUUCAUGCGAUGACGUUUGCGAUGGAUUUCCAUAGAGAUAAAAUAUCAUCGGGGAAGCUUUCAUAGCACACCGUCGCACUUGGCGUUCUAGGUAGUCUAUCUAAGGUCUUG